AUGGGCUACCUCUACUUCCUCCUGCACCCAUCGGAGUUGCGGUCCAUCAUUCAAUGGAAAGUCUACCAUGAGCCUCCUCACCGACGAGACGAGUCUAAGGAGGGUCCAGAGUUGAAAGAAUGCUUCCGACUUCUCAAGUUGACGAGUCGUAGCUUUGCUGCCGUCAUUCAAGAGCUCAACCCCGAACUCCUCGUCCCCAUCACCCUGUUCUACCUCGUUCUCCGCGGGCUCGAUACCAUUGAAGAUGAUAUGACCCUUCCUCUCGAGAAGAAGGUUCCCAUCUUGCGAAAUUUCCACAACACUAUCGAUGAAGAUGGCUGGCAAUUCCACGAGAGUAAGGAGAAGGACGCGGAGCUGCUGGAGAAGUUCGACGUUGUCAUCUCUGAGCUGAAGAAGAUCAAGAAGCCCCAUUAUGAUAUCAUCAAAGACAUGACAUUAAAAAUGGGCAACGGGAUGGCCGACUAUGUUGAGAAUGAUGAGCAGAUCAAGAAUGGCCUCCAGACAGUUGAGGAGUACGAAUUAUACUGCCACUACGUCGCCGGUCUAGUAGGAGAGGGCUUGACACGUCUGUUCCUGGCCUCUGAGCUGGCACACCCCAAACUGGCCGAGAGGCCUGCCCUGACCGAGUCCAUGGGCCAAUUCCUGCAAAAAACCAAUAUCAUCCGUGACAUUCACGAGGAUUGGGAGGACGGCAGACGAUGGUACCCCAAGGAAAUCUGGAGCAAGCAUAUUGACAAGUGGGAAGACAUGUUCGACCCCAAGCAACGUGACAAGGCCUUGAACGUCAUCUCGGAGAUGGUUCUGGAUGCGCUGAAGCAUGCGGAGGACUGCCUCUUCUACAUGGCGGGCAUGAAGGACCAGAGCGUUUUCAAUUUCGUGGCCAUUCCCCAGGGCAUGGCCAUCGCCACCCUGGCAACUGUCUUCCGCAACCCUGAUGUCUUGGAGAGGAACGUUAAGAUUACGAAGGGGGCCGCCUGCCAAAUCAUGCUCGAGUCUACACAGAACCUGUUCGUCGAGUGCGAAGUGUUCAGGAAGUUCGCCCGAGAGAUUCACAACAAGAACGACCCCAACGACCCUAAUUUCCUAGCCAUUGCGGCACAAUGCGCUAAGAUUGAGCAAUUCAUUGAGACGCUGUACCCAAGGCAAAACCCUGAUAAGCUGAACGCAUCAAAUAAAUUAAAGCAGGCUGGCCAACAAACGGCCGACCCUGGCGAGACUGUCGUCAUGAUUGUCGUGGCUCUUCUUGCAAUGGUCUUUAUGACCCUUCUUAUGAUUGGCACUGCCUGGUUCUUCGGCGCCCAGUUUGGCAACAUGUUCGAAGACAUGAAUUUCCUCAACCCAAGCGGCUGGCUCAAAUCAUCGGCUGAUGCCGGUGCUCACGAAGAACUGUAA